AUGACGCGACCGUAUUUCUGUAUCCCCACCAGGAAACUUGAGUUCUACCGGGAAGAAAACGGGCCGCUGAUAAAGCUGGAUAACAGUUCGAUGCGUCAUCGCAGCUACAUCCUCAACACGGAUGGCUCCUACUUUGCCACGUAUACUCAUUCACCGAAUCUCGCCUACACCUACAUCGAGUGUGCAGAAGAACCAUCCGAUUCUGAAGUUUCCAGGACCGCCGCACCAUCAAGCAUGACCUGUACGCCCUGGACAAAAUUGUAUCAAAAAUCAGGUUUCCUGUGCAACAAUGUAGAGGAAUUGUCUUCAAGUUCCCCAACCUCAUGCGCAUUGCCGUCGGACCAGUCAUCAUCGCCUUGAUGGCCCCCACAAGACCUGGGGCUUGGUCGCAUUUGGAAGACCAAGUCAGACUUCGAGGCCAAAGCAGUGGACACCGACUCAUGUUCUCUGUGCCUGAAACAUCUUCUAAACUGUGAGUUGUACAUUUGGCGGGUCGGUGGGUUGAGUCAGUCGAAUUGGUCUGAACAAAAUGUCGAUCAUUCGGUUCAUUUGGAGGCCGAGAGGGCCUUAAUUCGCCCCGAUCCAGAGCCCUCUCGAAAGGUGACGGAACCAACCUCAUCUGGACGCGAAUCAGCAGCUUUGAUCCGAUAA